AUGGGAAACCAUACUGAGGUCACUGACUUCAUUCUGGUGGGAUUUAAGGGUGAGCCAGAGACACAGAUCAUCCUCUUAGCUAUCUUCUCAGUAAUAUAUGUUGUCACCCUCAUGGGGAACUUAAGCAUGAUUCUAAUCAUCAGCGUUGACUCCCACCUCCAUACCCCGAUGUACUAUUUCCUAAAGAACCUGUCAUUCUUGGAUAUUUGCUAUUCUUCAGUCAUUACUCCCAAAGCUUUGAUGAGUUUUGCAAGUGGAAACCAAGCAAUAUCCUAUACUGGCUGUGCAGCCCAAAUGUUCUUCUUUUCUCUUUUUGGGACCACUGAAGCUUUCUUCCUUGCUGUGAUGGCAUAUGACAGGUUCAUUGCCAUCUGCCACCCACUGCUAUACUAUCAUAUUAUGUCCAAGAAGAGGUGUGUUUGUCUCAUGUGCACCUCUUACCUCUUUGGAUGUGUCAACUGUUGUGCCCAGACUGGUUUUACAUUCCAUUUGUCAUUUUGUGGUUCAGCUGAAAUCAACCACUUCUUUUGUGAUGUCCCAGCUGUCAUUAAGGCCUCCUGCUCAGACACAUUUGUGAAUGAGCUUGUGCUCCUUGUGUUGUGUGGACUUAUCAUUGUGGUCACGUCCAUGAUUGUUCUAGUAUCUUAUGGCUACAUAGUGACUACUGUCUUGCAUAUACCUUCUAUCAAGGGGAGACAUAAAGCCUUCUCAACCUGCACCUCUCAUUUGAUGGCAGUUAGCUUAUUCUUUGGAACAGUUUUCUUUAUGUAUGCACAACCUGGGGCCAUAGCCUCUCCCAAUCGAGGGAAAGUCGUAUCAGUCUUUUACACAGUGGUCAUCCCAAUGGUCAAUCCUAUAAUCUACAGCCUAAGAAAUAAGGAGGUCAAAGAGGCCCUGAGCAGGCAAUUCAAAAAGAAAGGUUUUGGCCACUGA